UUUCCUGGGGACUGUGUGUUACUUAGUCAGCCUAUUUCCUAAGUAGCCCAGAUAAAAGGCAGGCUGUGUCACUGUUUACGUGUAUUCUGAGUCAGGCAGAGAACUGCGCAACGGAGAUUUAACAGAAGAAGACCGCCCAGGAUGGGGGUUCUCAGUGUGAUCCUGCUUGGAUGUCUAGCACUUCUGUCUGCUUCCAGUUCAGGAAAUGAAGAUGCCCAUUACAUCCGUGGCCAAGAUAAUAACGGGCUAGUAACGAUGAAAGGCUGCGAAGGACAUCAGAGAGGAGAUCAGUGGGGGUCAUCAUAUCAUCACAAUUGUAUCUGUAAAGGACCAGAUCGUCUCUGCUAUCCUGUUAAUUGCCUUCCGGGUUCCGAGAUUGUCCGUGACUUGAAUGAUCUCUGGAACUGUGAAGUUGUUCGGUCUAAAAGAGAAAUUACAGAAUCAGCUAAAGCUGUUCACUCCAGAGGAAAGCGAAUGACUGGAUUAGAUGCAUUCGGCGUGUUCUCCGGGGUUGUUGGCACAAUCGGAUUCAUCUUAGACCGCAUCGAAGCUGCGCAAACAACCGCACAGCUUAACGAAAUACAAGAUCAGAUCCAGAAACUGGACACAAAGAUGGACGUGUUAACACGAAGUGUCAGCGACCUAAAGCUAGGACAAGAAUACAGUCAACUAGUAUUCCUCUAUGGCAGAGACGAACAACGACUGAGGAACAUGAUAAAGACCCUUGCUAACUUACAAAUCAGUAGCGGGAAAUACAUACUGCCUGGCCACCGCAUCCAACACUGGGCAGACAUGGUCCUGAGUUAUGGAUCAGAUGGAGUCCACGAGGUAUUGGAACAUCUGCGGGAAAUGGUAUUCCCGUCAGGAAUUUUCGCCGGAAAAGGACUGUUCGAAAUUUGUCACAAACGCCUUAUUACGAGUUACAUGUCAAAAUAUUCGGAGAAGAUGAAGCAAAAAGUGGCGCAGGUCUAUGGACUAUUUGGAGGUGGCUAUGCUGUAUGGAUUGCAGCUCUGCGAAUCAAGGGAAUCACAGCUGAUAUUUCACAUAUAAAAGAAGAGGGCGAAGGAAGGCUUAGAGAUUUAGAAUCAUUUCUACAAAAAUAUACUGAGCCGAAGAAUUGGCGCGAAGACUUACGUUGCGGACCUGGGUACCUGGCAGAAAACGGAAAACAGGCUAAGUGCCACCCUGACAGCCACUACCCAUGCUGUUCUCGAUAUAACUGGUGCGGCAACACUGCAAAUCACUGCAAAGCAUGGCGCGUUGAUCACCGUUGCGGAAAGGGCUUCCUGGCUGAAAAUGGAAAACCUGCUCAAUGCAAUCCUGACGGGUGGAAUCCAUGCUGCUCCGGGAACCAGUGGUGCACCAAUAAUAACCCCUGCAACUGUCAGGGGGUGUGUGGACUACAAGAGAAAGGCUAAAGGAAAAUUUUCCUAUGAUUACCCACCCUGGGCUGGUUCAAUUGGGUAGCAGGGGGUAGCAGACUCUGCAGGCGCUGAGGGAAGACUCCUUUUAAAGGUCUGUGCGCAGUCACAGUAGUGGGACCGGGAGAUUUCAGAGGAGAAAAUCUUGUUAGAAAGGUACGGUGAUUUGAAGAGGCCGCUAAUAAUCGGCGUUUUAAACAAUUCUCUAUACCUAAAUUGUGUUGUUACUUUAAGUAUUUACUUUAUAGAUUCUAGUUUCGGAAAUGUAAACUUCGAUUUUCAGCAGAGUUAUUGCUUUUUAUCAUUUUGUAAUAUCUACAUACAGUCACGCAAUGCCACUCAGAUAAUGUUUGAAAUAUCGAGAAAGAAUGUGGCUUUUCCUUUUUUGUGGGAAGGCAAGUCGACGAAUUUUGAUUCUGUAAAAGAGGUAGACGCCAUUUCAGUGUAUGCUCAAUUUAUUUUAUAAAAACAUAGAAUCCGUGACUUUGCGUUUUUUAUCAUUCAUUUAGCCCUUCUUUCGGCAGACACUGCAUCAAGCUUUCUUGAUUAAGAAAUGUAUAUGAAAUACAUGUAAAACAACACGUCUAAACGGCCUUGUCAUAAGAGCAAACUGUGUAAAAAUAGAAUAUACGUAGUUUUAUUGCUUUUUAUUAUCACUUUACAUGCGGACACACAGUGUCCUUCUGAUGACAGGUAUGUAACCGAGUUUACUGGGAGAAAUGUGAACAAAAGACGGU